AGUUUCUUCAUGACAAUUGCACUGCUGACAACUGUGGUAACGGCAAUUGCGUUGAGCAAAGGCAGUGGUGGUGGUGGACCACCAAUCCGCCCUCUCAGUACUGCAAGUGCAACGAUGGUUACACACCGGAUCCAGUCUCAGGAAAUUGCACAGUAUCAUGCCCGGCCAUGCCCUGUCCAUAUGGAUAUCUUUGUGACACAUCUGGACUCUAUCCGGUCUGUAAGAAAGUUAACUGCCCGGCUAACUGUCCUCGUGACUGUGUUUGGAACUCCCAAAAGAGCAUCCAAGCUUGCCCAAACACCUGUGAAGCCAUGAAUUGUGGACCAUUGGAAGAAUGUGCGAUGGUAGGAGGUGUACCAACGUGUAAAUGCAGGAGUGGAUAUGUCGGCCAGGCGGGAUCUUGUGCUGCAACAUGCAAAGCUCUGUAUUGUCCCCCUAACCAACACUGUGUGGAGAAAGUCCCUGGAGGCGCUGGGACUUGCGAAUGCAUGCCAGGAUACGUUGCGCGAGGCAAAUACUGUGAUGCAACCUGCGCAGUCUAUGAAUGCGGUGAAAAUGAAGAAUGCGAGAUGGUGAACCUCAGACCAACGUGCAAGUGCAAGCCAGGAUAUCUUGGGGGCGCUGGAUGGUGCAAGCCACCGUGCUCAAUACGAGUCUGUGGUCUCAACGAGGAGUGUGUGGAGCGAGAUGACAUGUCAUACUGUCAAUGCAAGUUUGGAUACAAGCGCGUUUCUUCUCACACCUGCGCGCCGCAAUGCAUAUUCACGAAGUGUGGACCCUUCGAACUUUGCAAAGAAACGGAUCACGGGGGACAAUGCGUUUGCAGGGAGCCCGAAUACACAGGCGCGCCGCCGAAUUGUCAAGGAACAUGCGCCUCCGACCCUUGUAAUAGCGAAUCUGAAGUAUGUGUCGACACGAGUGGUGGCGCAGUCUGUAAAUGUGCACCAGGAUAUGUACUGCACAAUGGCAUUUGCACAGGAACAUGCGCAGUCAUUCGUUGUGGUUCCGGUGAAGUAUGUAUGAAUAUCGGUGGAAUUGGAACUU